GAGAGAGAGAGAUUCCGUGUGUGGAAAUUGAGCUGUGAUUGAAAACCUCCCUCCUUCCCCACUCUCAUUGUGCUUCAUAUCAUUUCACUCUUAACUCUUGAGCCUAUAAAUACCUCAAAUGUUCCAACCCUGUGUCACACAACAUACCAUAAUUACCCUACCCAACUAACUACUACUCACACUAAACCAUUAGUGAUGGAACUCAGCACUAUGUUGUGCUUGUUUGUUUCUUUUCUCUUCAUUGUUCUCUUCAAAUCACUCAUCAAAUCUUUCUCUUUCUUCCCUUCCAAAGGGAGAGAAUUGCCACUCCCUCCUGGCACCAUGGGUUGGCCUUACAUAGGAGAAACCUUCCAAAUGUAUUCUCAAGACCCAAACGUUUUCUUUGCCACAAAAAUUAAAAGAUAUGGGUCUAUGUUCAAGUCCCACAUUCUGGGUUGUCCUUGUGUGAUGAUUUCUAGUCCAGAAGCAGCAAGAUUUGUGCUGAACAAAGCUCAGCUCUUCAAACCAACAUUUCCUGUUAGCAAAGAGAGGAUGUUGGGGAAGCAAGCAAUUUUCUUUCACCAAGGAGCAUACCAUGCUAACCUUAGGAGGCUUGUUCUUCGCACCUUCAUGCCUGAGGCCAUCAAAGACAUCGUCUCUGACAUCGAAUCCAUUGCCCAAAGUUGCCUCAAAUCAUGGGAAGGAAAGUUGAUAACAACUUUCCUUGAAAUGAAAACUUACACCUUCAAUGUCGCUCUACAUUCAAUAUUUGGAAGAGAUGAAAUCAUGUAUAGAGAGGAUCUGAAAAGAUGCUACUACACACUUGAGAGAGGGUACAACUCAAUGCCCAUAAACCUUCCAGGAACACUGUUCCACAAGGCCAUGAAGGCAAGGAAAGAGCUUGCAAAGAUCUUGGCGCAGAUCAUCACAACAAGGAGGAAUAUGAAGCAAGAGUACAAUGACUUGUUAGGUUCCUUCAUGGGUGAGAAAGCUGGACUGACUGAUGAGCAAAUUGCAGAUAACAUCAUCGGUGUCAUUUUUGCUGCUCGUGACACCACUGCUAGUGUACUUACUUGGAUUGUUAAGUACCUAGGUGAAAAUCCCACUGUCUUAGAAGCAGUAACUGAAGAGCAAGAGGCCAUAUUAAAGGGGAAAGAAGAAAGUGGUGAAGAAAUGGGUCUGAAUUGGUUAGACACAAAAAAUAUGCCUGUAACAUCCAAGGUCAUACAAGAGACUCUUAGAGUUGCCUCAAUUUUGUCUUUUACUUUCAGAGAAGCAGUAGAGAAUGUUGAAUAUCAAGGGUAUCUUAUACCAAAAGGGUGGAAAGUAUUACCACUUUUCAGAAACAUACACCACAGUCCUGACCACUACAAAGAGCCACAGAAAUUUGAUCCUUCAAGAUUUGAGGUUGCUCCAAAACCCAAUACCUUUAUGCCAUUUGGCAAUGGGACCCAUGCAUGUCCUGGUAAUGAAUUAGCCAAGUUGGAGAUUUUGGUGCUUCUACAUCACCUGACCACAAAGUACAGGUGGACUGUAAUAGGUGCAAAAGAUGGAAUUCAGUAUGGCCCUUUUGCUCUUCCACAAAAUGGAUUGCCCAUCACAUUAUACACCAAGAAAUAAAUAUUACCCAAACAAAAGGGUGCAGGCAAACUUAUCAUGCAUCGAAGCAACUUUCUGAAUAUGGAAAUAAUGCUUUGAAAGCUAUUAGAAUAAUUUUGAACUUACAUGAGAAAGUGAUGAAGGAAGAGAUCAAGUGACAUAUAUAACCAAAGGGAUAAGAGACAACCAAAGUGGAAGUCUCGAGAUUAUCAUACAAAUAGGGAUGUCAAUUGUACAAAGGAGGUCUCAGCCAGAGAGUAGACAAUAUUAAGUUCCUUUUUAUUCUUUAUAAUUUUUUUUAUUUUACUUUUUUUCUCUUUUCUCAUUCUUCUAACUGUUCUACUUUUCACUUUUAUUUUUACAAACUUUCAAAUAUUUCGAGGAAAAGUCCUCAGAAGAUUUGAAGUAUCCAAGUACCUAGUUGGGUAUCCAUGCAAUAUAAUAAAAAGAGUAUUUAAUUCUC